GCACCAGUCAAACCGGGGAAAAACUGUGUUGACCGGGUGACGGAUCGGGGACGGGCAAACCCGAAGAGUUGACGGAGCGGUGAUGGAUUCAUCACUAUCCGCCCCGUAACCGCCCGAGUACAUCACUACUCCAACAAAGCUAGAGGCAGACCAACUGCAGCCGUCGAAGAGGCAGACCAACUGCUGCCACAGAGAUCAACUGCAGCCGUCGAAGACUGAAGAUCCUUCAGAUCCUGGCCUGCGAUUCUUCGUCUCCCUGUAGCGGGUAUGUGAAUAGCCAUGCGAUUCUCCCUCUCCUCGAUUCUCCCACUCCUCGACUCGGAUCUAUGAUGCCGAAGCGACGGCGACGGUGGAAACAGAAAUCUGACGGCGGCGGCGAUGGAAGAAUGGGAUCUGACAAGCGGAUCUGCUAUCGCCACUCUGAUCCCUGCCUCUUUCUGUCUUCUCCUCUCUUCUGCCCCAACAAUGGUUGGUGUUGCAGCGAUGAUCUGGAGCUUCGCGACAGUGGAAGAAUGGCGAAGUCCGGGUUUGCGGGGUUUCGGGUAAAAUCCGUACCCGGAGUCGGGCGGGUGGCGGUGGAAUUUUUGCCCCCGAGAGUGCGGGUGUGGAUGGUUUCUCCGACCCGAGGAGGUCUCCCGGGCGGGGUGCGGAUGCUGGGAAACCGUCCCCGAUCCGCCCCGUUGCCAACCCUAGAGAAAUGGGGUGAACUACACCAAGUCACCAAUAGAAGCAUUGGUUUUGACUUUUGACCUUUGAAGAUCACCUUAGGGAAUUGGAUUAGAUUAAUUAAUUAUUAAACACAGCUGGGUAGGUGCUAGGAAUGGCAAUGGGCAGGUCCGGGGCGGGUUUCUUGGUACCCAGACCCGUCCCGUGACAGGUCGGGUAAUUUAUGAUGGGUCGCAGGUCGGGGCAGGUCGACCCAAUUGGUAUGCAAUUUAUAUGAAAAACAUUAGAAAUAUUCGUUGUUUUUAUUAUAAGACCAAGAAAACAAACAAAUUUUUGAUAAAUGUAGUUAAAUUAUUAGAGAAAUUGAGGUUUUCACUAAUUUACAACAUUAUUAUAGCUAAAUUAUGAUGUAUUAAAAGAAAAAUCUUAAGUAAAUUGACUAAGAUUACAUGUAAUUUAGGCAAGAACGGGUCGAGAAUGGGGCGGGCUAUGGCAGGUCGGGUCGAUGAUAGUACCCAUGCCCGCCCCGCCCCGCCUACAAAGCGGGUCGGACCGCCCCAAAACAGGCCGAACAGGUCGGGUAAAACGGGUCAGGUCGAAAUUGUCAUCCCUAGGUGCUCUACUAUCAUAAGUCUAUGGACCUUUCUAAGGAACUCUAAACCCAUACCAAAUGGGUUCCCCCAACUCUCUUGGCCCAGUUUCCAAGCCCAAAGCAUGUAUGGCCCUAAACCCAUUUCCUUCUUGCUAGGUUGUUAUCCGAAGUCCAAAGUCCAAACCCACCCCGACAGAACAACCACCAAAGCAUACGAUGGAGUACAGCAAACAACACGAUUUUUCUUCCACAAAGAUUGCUUUGUUGUUUUUUCCCAAGCUGCUAGAUCUCAAUACCCCACUCCAUUGACCAAAACUCCAGAUCCUAUAAACAACAGAGACAAUUAACAAACAUUGAAUCUCAGAAAGCCACUGAGAUUAUGAAACCAAAGAAAGCAAAAGCAAAGCCAAAUUUGAUAGCUACAAGCACCUAGCACAGCUUGAAAUAAUGCUUUCCUAUCCUUUAAAUCAGCAGGAGAUAAAGCCAUCCAGCCAGCCAUGUGAGAAGCAUAUAUGUGAUAAUAAUGUGUACAGAUGAAAGGUAUAACCAACAACAAGAUCUUCAAUCCACAACCACUCAGGAUCCUCUUAGUAUUGUAGUGUGUAGGGAUCCAUUUUUUGUCAAAAGAAGAUGACCUUGGAUUCGUGUGUUUCCACAUGCACUAAAAAUUGGCUUGUCUACUCUUCCCACUAUCUGUUUGAAUUUUCUCUCCCUCACCGUCCAUUAGUUCGUCGAUUUUCUUCAUAUUAGUGCAACAAAAAACACAUAAAGAUGUUAUUUAUUA